CGGAUCUCUAAUGCCCAAUAGAAAAGCCCACCUUUUUUUCUUAGGGCACAAAUCAAUCAUCUGUUUGGCAUCAGAGGGAAAGAUUGGCACUGAAGCCGGGAAGCUGAAGCUAUCCAUCGACGACUGUCACAACUUCUCUCGUCCCGAAGAUGGCAGAAAUAAGUUUGGGAGUACUCAUAGAUAUUGUGGAUGAAGAGUGGAUGAGAGACACCUUGCCUGAUGAUGAUCUUCCACUGCCGCCUCUGGUUAUUCGGACUGAAGACACCGAGGACUCAAAUCAGGAGUCUCAACAGGUUGUUGGAGAUGCGUGGCAUGAUCUUGCAUUAGGCACCACUCAAUAGGGCUCUCAAGCAUCAGGAGCGUUUUGUAUUCAUCAGAAAUCAAGUGAUGCUUUUUAUUCAAAUUGUUUAGAUUCUUGUUAUUGGGAUUUGUACUUAUUGCGUUUGAACUCCACAGCUUCUUUUAUUAUAUGAGAACCCUUUGAAUUUUUCUGUGUAAAGUUGGGAGCCGCAUUUUGAUAAUCUUAUGCCCUAAAGCAUUUCUAAA